UUUCUGUUCGCAACGUCUGGAUUUCAGUAACAAGAUACCAGAAAUAUUUCAAGAUGACUUCGAUUUCUCUUCUUUUACUUGGUUGCCUGUAUAUACCGGGUAUGUUGUGUGAACAGACAAUGGAACCGGAUAUUACAUCCUCGAUACGACUAGCAGAGAAAUAUGAAACUAAACUUACGUUACAGGCAACACCCAAAGAACUCAACGACCAGAACCGAAAUGCUCCAGAGAAACAGAUCCGUGCUUCUGCUUCUCGAUUUGUCCGGGUGAAUUCAGGAACAAGUUUUAGGCGAAAUAUGGCAUCUACAAGAAGAGUUGCACGGAAUACAGGAACACGUCGGCACAACGAAAGAAUAGCAAAAACAACCACCAGGCACCAAAGACAGAUCCAACGGUUGGACGCAAACGAUAGGCGUAUAAACAGACAGAAGAAACUUCAACGAACAACGAAUUUUGACCACAGCGGUAGACUAGAAAAUGACCGUUUGAAUAUUAAUAAACUUAGUCGACAAGAGAGAGAAACCCGGGUGAAGGAGGAAAACGACAGAUUUAUAUACAAAACACAGGACAACUUUGAAAGAAAACGCAAAAGGACGGCAAGAAUACAGGAUCAUAAGCAAGGCGACGCCCGUUACGGCUUCCAGACGAACAGAGUCGAUGUUCUUUCGAGGAGCGAAAAACGCUCAAUCAGUCGCGGAAUAAGUAGGCGUGAAGCCGAUUUUGAAAAUGAGCGUCGCCGUAACACACUAUCUUCAAGAAGAACGGGGGUCAUAAAUGAAAAAGAUGAUGUCACAAAAAUAAACAGACGUAUCAGAUCUGACGUUGACAAGAUAGCAGAGAACAAACAACAAGAAGUAAGGGAUGGGAUGCGACGUGAAAGAAGCGUUAAUACCCGACGAAACAGAAACACAGACAACCGACGACAAACAAGCAAAGACAACCGGCAAGAAAGAAGCGUAGACGCCCGACGGGAAGAAAGAGAUGACAUCCGAAGCGUAAAUAACCGACGACACAGAGGCAUGGACAGCCGACAAGAAAGAAGCGUAAAUGACCGACGAGAAGUAAGAGAUGACGUCCGACGAGAAAGAAGCGUAGAUACCAAACGACAAAGAAGCAUUAGCAAUCAACUAGAAAGAGAAGUAGACGCCCGACGAGAAGAAAGAGAUGAAAUUCGACGAGAAAGAAGCGUAGAUAACCGACGAGAAAGAAGCAUGGACAACCGACGGGAGAGGAGCAUUAACAAUCGACGGGAAAGGAGCAAGGACGCCCGGCGACAAGAAAGAGAUGAAAGUCAACUAGAAAGAACUGUAGACACCCGACGACAGAGAAACAUGGCCAACCGAUUAGAAAUGAGCGUAGACGCCCGACAAGAAGAAAGAGAUGAAAUCCGACGUAGUAGAAGAAGCGUAGAUACCCGACGACAGAGAGGCAUGGACAACCAACUUGAAAGAAGUGUUGACACCCGACGAGAGAGAAGCAUGGACAGCCGACAGGAAAGAAGCGUAGACGCCCGACGAGAAGAAAGAGAUGAAAUUCGACGUGAAAGAAGCGUAGAUAACCAGCGACAGAGGGGCAUGGACGCCCGACUCGAAAGGAGCGUAGACGCCCGACAUGAAGAAAGAGAUGAAGUUCGACGUGAAAGAAAUGUAGAUAACCGACGACACAGAAGCAUGGACAACCGACGACUGGAAAGGAACCUAGACGUCAGGCGCGAAAGAAGCAUUGAUACCCGACGACACAGAAGCACAGAAAACAGUCUAGAAAGGAGCGCAGGCGCUCAACGGAAAGAAAGAGGCGAAUUUCAAAGUGAGAAAAACAUGGACAACCGACGGGACAGAAGAGUAGACCGCCGACGAGAAAAAAGAGACGAAGUCCGAAGCGAAAGAAGCGUAGAUUCUCGACGACAGAGAAGAAGCCUUGACACACAACGAGAAGGAAAAGACGAAAUCCGAAGUGAAAGAAGUGCAGGUAACGGACAAGAAAGGAGGGUAGAUAACCGACGAGAAAAAAGAAAUGACAUACGACGAGAAAGAAUUGUAGACACCCGACGAGAGAGAAGCACAGACGACCAACUAGAAAGGAACACGGACGCCCGACGAGAAGAAAGAGAUGACAUCCGACGUGCAAGAAGUGUAAAUUCCCGACGAGCAGAAAGGGAUACCCGGCGAGAACGAAGCAUAGACAACCAGCUGGAAAGGAGCCUAGACGCCCGACGCGAAAGAAGCGCUGAUACCCGACGACAGAGAAGCAUGGACAACCGACUAGAAAGGAGCGUAGAUGCCAGACGAGAAGGGAGGGAUGAAAUUCGACGUGCAAGAAGUGUAGAUACCCGACGAGAGAGAAGAAUGGACAACCGACUAGAAAGGAAAAUAUACGCUCGAAGUGAAGAAAAAGAUAACAUACGGCGCGAAAGAAGCGUUGAUACCAGAAGACAGAGAAGUAUGGACAGCCGUCUAGAAAGGAGCGCAGACGUCACACGAGACGAAAUCCGAAGUGAGAGAAACAUGGACAGUCGACUGGAAAGGAGCCUAGAUAACCAACGAAAGGAAAGAGCUGAAAUCCGAAGAGAAAGAAGUGUGGAUUUCUGGCGGGAGAGAAGCAUAGACAACCGACUGGAAAGGAGGGUAGACGCCCGACGAGCAGAAAGAAAUGUUAUCCGACGUGAACGAAAUAUGGACAACCGACAAGAAAGGCGAGUAGACCGUCGACGAGAAGAAAGAGAUGAAAUCCAAAGAGAAAGAAGCGUUGAUUAUCAACGAGAGUCAAGCAUUGAAAGCCGCCUUGAAAGGAUUGCCGACUCCCGACGAGAAGAAAGAGACCAAAUCCGAAGUGAAAGAAGCAUAGGCAAACGACAAGAAAGGAGAGUAGACACCCGACGAGAAGAAAGAAAUGACAUACGACGCGAAAGAAUUGUUGACACCCGACGAGAGAGAAGCAUAGACAACCAACUAGAAAGGAACAUGGACGCCCGACGAGAAGAAAGGGGUGAUAUCCAACGUGAAAGUAGUGUAGAUUUCCGACGUGAAAGAAACAUAGACAACCGAAUGGAAAGGAACAUGGACGCCCGACGAGAAGAAAGAGAUGACAGCCGACGUGAAAGAAGUGUAGGUUCCUUACGAGAGAGAAGCAUAGACAUCCGACUAGAAAGGAACAUGGAUGCCCAACGAGAUGAACGAAAUAACCUCCGUCGCGAAAGAAGCGUAGAUUUCAGACGUGAAAGAAGUUCAAACUCCCGACGAGAAAGACACAUAGACAACCAAAUGGAAAGGGGCGUAGAUACCCGGCGUGAAAGAAGCGUACAAGCUGAGCGCGAACGAAGAAUAGACACCGGGCUUAGAAGAGUCACGGGAACCCGACGAGUACAAAGGCCCACCAACCGCCUAGAGAGAAGCAAAGAUAGCCGAAAAGAAAGAAGUGUGAAUACCCGACGACACCGAACAAUCAACAAUCGGCUAGGAAAAAACGUAGACUCGUACCAAAAGGAAGGGGAUGAUAUUGUUACUGACAGAAGUCCAGGCAACCGACAAGAAAGAAACAGAGAUAACCGAACAGAAAGAAGAGUAGCCCAUCACCGAGAAAGAAGGGUAGAUAUUCGACAAGAAAGAACCACAGAGAACAGACGAGAAAUCGGCCUCGACACCCGACGAGAAAAAAGCCAAGCCAAUCUACAGGGCAGAAAUGUUGACAACCAACGAGAAAUCGAUGUCGUCCAGCAGAAGCACUUUACAGAUUCCAUCCACACAAAAAUUGAUAAUCAUCUCUAUGCCGCAGAGGUUCAAAUUCAAAAUAAAGAAUCUGAAAAUUCAGUCUUUGGCUUUCUUGGAAACUUUGCUUCAUCCAUCACAGAAAUGCUGCCAUUCCAAAGAAUACCGAAAGAGAUAUAUAAUUCUCAGCUAAAUCUGGUUUCAAACUGGUCACCUACCAUGGCAACACAGAGUUUUAUUGUUGGUGUGGUCGGCGUUCUAGCUUUACGACAAACAAAAAGUGUCCUGUAAAAUCAGAAAUCAGACAAUACCAAGGAAAAACCUUAGAAACCAGUACCAAUGAAACGUCUUAUUAGAUUCCAAAGUUUUUCAACGAGUUUUUCUAUAUUUUAGUUGAUUUUUAUACGUCCACAUUAUGGUAUCUUGUCGUCCGUCAGGUCAUAAUUAUUGUAAACGUUCUACAGUUCAGGUUUUUAGAAUUUUGUCCCCCAUCAUUAACUGAAAUCGUUUAGCUAAUCAUAUCGAUUUUCCGAGUUAUCAAAAUCAAUAUUAGAAUAUUAUCUGAAAUUGCCCUAUUUUUUCUGAUGUUGUGAACGUUCUACUGAUCUGAGAUCGAGUUUUUCCAAGAUUUUCUGACCUGAAAUCAUGGUCUUCUGAUAUAUGUCACAAAGUUGCGUGAUGUUGUUACCUCCCUUCACCCAUUCAUGAACAGCAUAUACGGUUCCUGUCAUUACUACGCUACUAUUAAAUGAAUAUAUGGACAAUCUGUUUCAUGAUAGUACCCCAUUCAAUAUCUAAUUAGGAUAAGAAAAUAUAUUGACGACUGUUUGAAUACGAAUCAUAUAAAUAACCCUUGUCCAGCACCAAUAAACACUAUUGAUUCCUUCAUAAGCGCGCGCUUUAAGUCACAAUGUAAAGUGGCGUAGUUUCGAUACCAAGCUCGUGUGUUUUCUCCGGGUUCUAAGUUUCCUCAAAAUACGAUUUAUUGAUAUAAAAUUGAAGCAUAUGUUACUCCCGAAAUUACCUCGUUUGUGUCCAGCGGACGCUUCUCCCUCUCUCCCUUUUAAUGCAGUUUCAUAACCUACGGGAGGAGUGGGGUUCAGAUGAAGAGGUAUGAAGGCCCCAGUAAACCGCGAAGUUAUCAAUGAUAACUGAUAUCAGUUUCAACCAGCAUCUUUAUCAAAUAAAAUUCUAAGAAAAUGUGUUUUUUGUUUUUUAAAUUAAUUGUAAAUAAAAAUAAUCAAUUUUAAAUGUGUCUCUUUAUGUCUUUUUAUUAUGAAACAUCUUCUUGCAGUGAUCUAGAGAAUAAAAAU